AGAUAAUUACACGCGCGGGCCGCGAUCAAUCAGAAGGCCUCGUUCGUAGCUGCCCCAGAGUCUUCACUCUCUCUCCUCAGUACUCACUCGCCCGGUAGUCGUCGCGCCCUGGAACUUCACCCCCGCUGACCAUCUCUCCCUCUCUCUCUCUCCAACGCUCUCAGAAUGGCUUCCGGAAGCCUCGGCGGAUUUCUGGUGCUGGUUUUGGCGGUUUCGAUCUGCCAUGCUGCUGCUUCUGUCUUCCACCCGAUUUCCGACUCUCACCGGUCCGCGGCUGCGGAGCUAUUUGCGCCCGUCGAUGGAUCGUUCGGGAGUUUAGAAGAGGCAUAUGAAGCCUUAAGAUCGUUCGAGGUUCUUGGGAUUAAUAAGAAGUCCGAUAUACGGACCACUACUUGUCAGUCUGUUGUUGAAAAACUCAGGUCAUCGUCGUCUGCCCCAAAGUAUUUGUUCUAUGCCUUAAAGGUUAACGGCAUUUUGGAAUGCACGGUUAUUAAUGAAGUAUUUGAGGGCAUUGCUUCAGAACUUAAAACUAAUGUCAAUGGUGCAAGUUCAUUGCUCGAGUUCUACUACUCAAUUGGAAGCUUGGUACUUAUUAAGGAUCAAAGUCCUGAAGUCGAUGUACUUCUUGCUGAUGCUGGUGGAGUUUUCCAUUCUAUCAAGUCUCUCAGCCAGAGUGAUGGAAGGUGGCGCUUCAGUUCGGAUAAUCCUGAGGCUAGUACCUAUGCUGCUGGAUUAGCUCUUGAAGCACUUUCUGGAGUUAUCGCAUUAGCAUCUUCAGAAGUUGAUCAGUCUAAGAUUGGUACAUUGAAAAGUGAUAUUUUGAAGCUUUUUGACAGUAUUGAGAAAUAUGAUGAUGGGACCAUUUACUUUGAUGAAAAAGUUGUUGAUCUGCGUGAGCAUCAGAGUCCUCUUUCAAGUACUGCAUCAGUUAUUCGAGGAUUAACAGCAUUUGCAACUGUGACAUCUGGAAACAUAAAGAGUUUGCAGAUUCCAGGGGACAAGAUAUUGGGUCUAGCAAAAUUUUUCCUUGGAAUUGGCAUUCCUGGCAAUUCUAAAGACUUUUUCAACCAAAUAGAUUCAUUAGCGUCUUUGGAAAGCAAUAAGGUCUCUAUUCCUUUGGUAUUAUCACUUCCAGCUACAGUGCUUUCAUUGACCAAGAAAGACCAGCUCCAGGUGAAAGUGAAUACCGUGCUUGGUUCAAGUGCACCACCUCUGACAGUGAAGUUGGUGAAAGCAUUCAGUCCUGGUUCAAAAGCUGCGUCUAAAAUUGCAAGCCAGGAACUCAAGUUUGACAAAGAAAGUGGGUCCCAUUUCUUGGAUGUUUUGCCAGAAAGUAUCGAUGUUGGAAGUUACACAUUUGUCUUUGAGGUGGUUCUGCAUGAUUCUGAAGAAGAAAAUGUUUAUGCAACUGGAGGGUCUACUCAAGUACAGAUAUUUAUCACUGGAGUUAUCAAAAUUGAAAAUGCAGAGAUUGCAGUACUAGAUAGUGACAUUGGGAGCAUAGAAACCCAGAAAAAACUAGAUUUAGCCAGAGGAAGUACUGUGUCGCUAUCAGCUAACCACCUCCAAAAGCUGCGUCUAUCCUUUCAAUUGACCACUCCUUCUGGGCAUGCUUUUAAGCCUCAUCAGGUAUUUCUUAAGUUAACACAUGAGACCAAGGUUGAACAUAUCUUUGUGGUGGGAAUCUCUGGCCAAAAGUUUGCGAAAAUACUGGAUUUUCUCGGAUUAGUUGAGAAGUUUUACUAUCUGUCUGGUAGUUAUGAUAUUCAACUAACUGUUGGCGAUGCUGUAAUGGAAAACUCUUUCUUACGGGCUAUUGGCCAGAUUGAUUUGGAUCUACCAGAAGCACCUGAGAAGGCCUCCCGCCCUCCUUCUCCAGCUGUUGAUCCUUACUCAAAGUACGGGCCCAAAGCUGAGAUAACCCAUAUCUUUAGGGUUCCAGAAAAGCGUCCUUCUCAGGAGCUCUCUCUCGUUUUCUUGGGCCUCGUGCUUUUGCCAAUGAUUGGAUUUUUUAUUGGACUAUUACGCUUGGGGGUGAAUCUGAAGAAUUUCCCCACUUCAGCAGUACCCGCUACCUUCGGUAUACUAUUCCAUGUUGGCAUCGCUGCAGUUCUUUUGCUCUAUGUGCUCUUCUGGUUGAAGUUGGAUCUAUUUACGACUCUCAAAACGCUUGGAUUGUUGGGAGCCUUCUUGCUGUUUGUCGGACACCGGAUUCUUUCCCACCUGGCCUCUACGUCUUCCAAGUUGAAAUCUGCUUGAAAUGGCAAUCAAGCAAUCUCCCAUUUAGAGAGGUUAAAAGAAUUUUCGGCCUUGAAAGAGAUAUCGAAAGGGUGAGGAAACUUUCGUUUAGAGACGAACAGAGCGUGGGAGUCUAUAGAACAAAUUUUGUAGGGCUCUUUGUUAUGUUAUACAUGUACCUCUUUAACUUCAGAAUUUUAUUUACCCAUAAAUCAUAUUUAUCGAAAAAGAAAGUUGUACCCACGGGACGGGUUUCAUCUCUUCACAUCAUUAGUGUAACUUCGACAUAUCAAAAGUACAUAACUUUGCAA